UUCAUAUCAGCUUGGAAAAACGGAGAGCAGAGGUUAUGUUACCAGUCACUCAUUAUUCAGUUGUCAAUUGCGUUGUUGAUUCAUUUCUGUAAAUGGAACAAAAUUUAAUUUUCAUUCAAUUACAUAAUGCAUGCAGAUGGGAAAACUCGUCCGUGUUAGGAGUGGACACUGGAGUAAGACAGACGACGACGUUUGGACAUUCAACCAAGAUCCUUCCGAAAUGGAGCAAUUUAUAAUUGCUUCUUCAAAUGAGGAGUUUGAGUCACUGAAGAAUCUAGUGCGAGAAGAGCUAUGCAUAGCACCUCAAACUCCAGUGGUUUUGUCGUAUCAACUACCACUCCAAAUGCUAAUGCCCUCUGAAUCAACCUCCGCACCUACUAGACUACUAUCUUCCGGAGACGUUGAGGUGAUGAUGAGUGUACACGAGUGGACUAACGAGGUUCAGAUUUAUGCAACUUCUGGAGCAGCCAAUGUUGCAAAGUUUCAGUUUCUCUUUAGAGAACCUUUCACCGUUGGUGAUACUACGUAUCUAAGUGGUGGAAUAACCGAGAAAGCCCACCUUGAACGCAUAUAUGAUAUGAUGGGCCGAGACGAGAUAUGCUGUAGUGCGCGUAUGCUCACAGAAAUUUUAACAGAAGACAAGUUAGUUCUUCUAUACCGAUUCUCCUUGGAGAUGGAAAAGGCGAGACAGAUGUUCGAGCAGACGACAACAGCUGUUGUUAACUUAGACCGUGAUGAUGUUCAAAUGGAUGAGAUCGAACGAGAGUUGUGCAGCAAAGGAAAAAAAAAACCCCCAGACUUCUGGUUAUUUCGACUUCCUUAGAACUGAGCUGCCAUCGACACCAGAUAGACAUCAACGGCCAAUAAAUGUGGAUAAAACAUACAACGAUGGAGACCCUGGUGCAACAUCUCUUCACUUCAACAACGGGGAAAAGAGUAGCAAUGCUGAAAUAGAUGAGUGGAUGAAUAUAAUAAAUCUUGAAUACGACGGCAGCGAAAGUGUAAACAGGUCAUGUUGUCCUAACAUAAUAAGCCUCUCGAAUGAUAUCACCAUGGAUAUUCCAAAUUUGGAGUUCCAUAAGAACAAUGUUGUUGAGGUUGGGGAGUCUUCAAUAGGGUCAAAGGGAGAAGAGAUAUAGGCGUACUACGAUGGACGGAAGAAUGAGUUCGCUAGUGGGCCCACAUGCCCAUAGAGCUCAUCGACAAGAUGUUGACGAAGGUACUAGCACCACCAAUCGUAACCGUCGCACUGAAGGAUCACAUGUACUCGUAGAUGCCUCUUCCGAAAUCAAUGGUUGCAAUGGUGCGUUCGGGUUGAUAAUAUAAUGAACAAUUAUGUUAAACCAUGUGUUUAAUAAGUUGUUUCUCCCGCUUUUGAAGAAUACAUUUUAUAAUAUGAUGAACAUAUCAACUCAUAUGUAAUAUGUGAUGUACGAAUAAAGAAUAACUG